AUGGGGUUUAAAACAUAUAUUCGCCCAGUUAUAUGUGUAGAUGGAACCUUCUUGACUACUCGGUGUGGAGGUACUUUGUUAUGUGCCAUGGGACAAGAUGCUAACAAGCAAAUAUAUCCAAUUGCAUUUUCAGUAGUUGACUCAGAGAAUAAUGACUCAUGGUUGUAUUUUCUACUGAGGUUGAAGGAAGCGAUUGGUGAAGUGGAGAAUCUAGUAUUCGUGUCUGAUAGACAUACUAGUAUAGCAGGUGCGUUGACUAAAAUUUUUCCUGAGGCACACCACGGUGCUUGUAUACAUCAUGUUAGCAUGAAUAUCCGUGCGAAGUUCAAAACUGACCAUUGCCAUGAAGAAUUCUUCCUUGCAGUGAAAGCUUAUAGAAAGCGAGAGUUUUUACGCCAUUUUGAGAAGAUUAAAUUCAAAGAUCUUGCAAUUGCUCAAUACUUAGAGAAUCAAGUGGGUUUUGAAAAGUGGGCUCGUUCUUUCUUUCCUGGUCAUCGAUAUAAUUUAAUGACUACAGGUAUUGCCGAAAGCUGGAACAAUGUCAUUGCUGAGGCACGUGGGUGGCCAAUUACUUGUCUCAUGGAAUUUAUGAGGCACACUUUACAAAAAUGGUUUUUCGAGCGUCGAACUGCAGCAUCAGCGGCUACAAGUCCUCUUGCCACAGAAGUGGAAGCUGAUUUGCGAAAGUUAGCAGACAAGUCCACUACCUCGUUCUCUUUUCCGUCUAGUCAGUAUGAAAUAACAGUAUUGGAUGGUGAUCUUGAUGGAGAUGUCGACCUGAGGAGGAAAACAUGUAGUUGUAGAAGAUUUGAUUUGACAGGUCUUCCUUGUGAACACGCUCUAGCUGGUGCUCGAGAUCGUGGCAUUAGUCCAUAUAGUUUAUGCUCCAGAUUCUACACAGUUGAAGCGUGGUUGUCAUCCUAUGGUGGAUCUGUAUAUACGCUGGGUAAUGAAGAAUCUUGGGUGAUACCAAAUGACAUAGGAAGUAUGAUGAUAGCUCCUCCUUUAGUGAAGCAGAAGGCUGGUCGUCCAAAGAAGAAACGACGUUUAUCAAAGGGUGAGAAGAAUAGAAAACAACAUAGAUGUAGUAGAUGUGGUGUCCUGGGCCACAAUCGAGUGACGUGCACCACUGUUUGUCCCCCGCCGUCUAGACAUGCUUAG